GUUUGGUUUUCACUAGACUAUCGAUGGUUUUUUUUCGAUAGCGAUACUAUCGUUGAAAAAACGGAUUCCGGCAUUUAUUCAGUUAGAGGCGCAACUUUGUUAAUUAAACGACUUAGAUAUCUUCUAUAUAAACGGCGUUGUUAAUUUAUCAACUUUGAUUUGUUACAAAUAGAUGCAAAAAACAGAACACUGUUUAAAAUGAACAGAUAUCUGAAAAGACCAAACGAUAUUUCUACCUCCAUUUCCAUAGAAGAAACUGGUAAUGAAAAUGAAGAAGAACGCGAAAAUAGCACGAUUGGUGGGGAAACUAAUAAGUCAAAAAGAGCACGCCACGGUUUCUCAGAAGUAUGGAACUAUUUUCAAAAAACAACAGAUAAAAGAAAUGCUAAGUGUCAGCUGUGUGGGAAAAUAUACAAAACUAGCGGUAACACUUCAAAUCUGUUGGAUCAUUUAAAACGUAGCCAUCCUUCUUAUAAUCAGCUUCCGAAACCAACGAAAACAAUUGAUAACUUUUUCAACAAUUCAGUCACCUACGAUACUGAAUCGGCACGUAAAAAAGAACUUGAUAAGGCUUUAAUGAGUUUGAUCGCCACUGAUGUACAGCCAUUCAGUGUAGUAGAGGAUACAGGAUUCCGUGAUUUUGUCCGAUGCUUAGAUCCGCGCUACGUUUUGCCUUCAAGAAACACCCUAAAAAACGUUCUGAUGGUAAAUAUGUACAACGAAACAAAGAGUAAGUUGCAAACUAUUCUUAACGGGUUACAACACUGCGCUAUUACAACAGACCUAUGGACAUCGCGCGCAAAUGAGAGCUACCUCACCGUAACGUGCCACUUUGUUACAAAAGAUUUUGUUCUCCGUACAGCUGUUUUGUCUACAAAAAAACUGUUAUGUUCCACUAAUCACAACGCAGAAAAUAUAUCAAUAUCUAUGCGCGCCGUGUUAGAAGAGUGGGGUCUAAUGGAGAAAGUGGUGGCAGUUGUCAGCGAUAAUGCUAGCAGUAUGUUGAAAGCAUGCGAAUUGCUUCAAAAACGAAAUCUGCCAUGCUUUGCACACACUAUUAACCUUGUGGUGCAAGAUUGCUUAGCGCAAGAUUAUGUUAAAACUACUUUAGGGAAAUGUAAGAAAAUUGUGAGCUAUUUUAAGAGCAGCACAAUUUCCUACGAAAAGUUUAAAGCGGACCAAGGAAGAGAUAUGCCCCACAGCCUAAAACAGGAGGUACCGACCCGCUGGAACAGUGCUCUCAGAAUGGUGGAGAGCAUUCUUUUAACAAAUAAUUCUAUUUCAAAUGUACUGCUAAUGACACCAAAGGCACCGCUACCUUUAACGGCAGACGAUAUAGAAUUUUUGCAGGACCUUAAACAAUUGCUUAUGCCAUUUGAUUCCGCUACAGUCCAAACAUCGUCAAGUGCAGCUGUUACUAUUUCCCUAGUAGUUCCUCUAACAUGUGGUCUUUUUAAAUCUCUUGAUGAGUUAAAAAGUACUAUGAAAACUUCAGAAGGCCAUCAAGCUUGUAUAUUUCUGCUUGAAAGAAUAAAGAAAAGACUAUUUCCUUACGAGGAGCGUACAGUUACAAGACUCGGAACAUUAUUAGACCCUCGGUUCAAGAAGGAAGGUUUUCUUUUCCCAAGCAAUGCAGAUGGAGGAACACAAUUUUUACAAAACGUGUUGAGUGGUAUGAACAAAAACAACACCAUGGAACAAGAUAAUUUAGAACCAUCAUGUUCUAAAAAUAUGCAUCAAAGUUCGCAGCCACCGCUUUUAAAAUUCGUAGGAAAUAAAAUUGCCUCUAAAGUAAGAUCACCUCAAGUAGACGCCAUCAUUUCUCUUAGGCAAUAUUUUGAAAAUGAAAAUGCAGCAUUAGAAAUAGAUCCAUUACAGUACUGGAAGAAUUGUUCUGGCCAAAUGUCACUCACAAAGUCAUGUGCCUUACGCUAUUUAUGCGUACCAGCAACUUCGACAGAGGCUGAGCGAAUGUUUAGCAAAACCGGAGCCAUAAUUUCGGAAAGAAGAUCGAGCCUAAAGCCAAAAAAUGUUGAUAUGCUGCUCUUUGUUAACAAAAAUUGUUGGGUCAGUAAAGAAUUAUAAGAAGUAAGGUUUUUAAACAAAUAAUACCUUUUUCAAGGUAAUUUUCAUUAUAAUUUUAAAUUUAAAUUAAUUUGAUUAAAUAUUUUUAUAAAAUAAGAUCUGAAUGUAUCUGCAAUAACGAAUUUCAAAUAUUUUUUGUUUUUAUGUUUAGUUGUUUUGUUGAAGCGUUAUUAUCUGUUUUUUUUUUAAUUUUUAAUAUAAAUAUAAUUUUUAAUUAAUUUUUACUACAUGCAAAUACAUUUUUUUGUAAAAGUUGAUCUCAAAGUGCCUUAUAAAAAUGAAUUCCAAAUAUUUUUGUUUUUAUGUUGUUGUUUUGUUUAAGCGUUAUUGUCUGUUAUUUUUGAC